AUGGUGAGACCUAAGGAUAAAUUUUGGGAACAUGUAGAGCAACGUGGUUUGGGCCAUUUCACAUGUAACUAUUGUGGACUUAAUUAUUCCGGGAGUCUUUCACGAGUGAAGGCUCAUUUAGCUUGUCAACCUGGACAUGAUGUUCAAAUUUGCACCCAAGUUCCUGAGCACAUUCAAGCUGAUGCCCUGGCAGAAUUUAAUUUGAGUAGAUCUGCUAAGAAAAGAAGGAGUGAUUCUCUUGAAAGUGUAAUGGGUUCCACAAGUAGCAUACCGUCUAUGCCUCAUGUUAGGGUUGCACAUCAACCCACAAUGCUAGAGAUGGCUGCUAAGCAAGACAAGAAAUCAUUGGAUAUGUUGCAAUCUUCGGACCAGUUUGAUUCCUGGAAAAAAAGCGAAAUCAUGCAAUAUGUUAGCAGUAUAAAGGCGACAUGGGAUAUCACAUGUUGCACAAUUAUGUCUGAUUCUUGGACUGACAUAAAGAAGAGGUCAUGGGUUAAUGUGAUUGCUUACUCUCCUGGGGGUGCUGUGUUUUUGAAAUGUAUUGAGUGCGGUAUAAAUAGAUUAACUUCCACAUUUCUUUUCAAUGAAAUUUCUGAUGUCAUUGAAAAAGUUGGACCAAAGAAUGUUGUGCAAUUUAUUUCAGAUAAUGGUUCUAACUUUUGUUCUUGUGGUGAUAUGUUGUCUGGAAAAUGGCGUCAUAUAUAUAGAACAAAUUGUGCUGCUCAUGGGAUUAAUCUGCUUUUGAAAGAUAUUCACAAAAAAGUUAAAUGGGUGAGGGAAGUUAUAGAAGAUGGAAAACUUUCUCUUAUUGUUGUUGAGAAUGAGUUGAGGCUUUUUGUUGCAUCAUCUGAGUGGAGAGCCUUUCAAUUCAAUAGAGCUGAAAUGGCAGUGAGAACUGUUGGAAUAAUUCAAUCAGAGACAUUUUGGGAGGGGGCAAAGGAAGUUGUUGCUUUCAUGGAGCCACUUAUUCGUAUUCUUCGCCUUGUUGAUUCAGAUGGUUCUACUGCAGGUUACUUAUAUGAAGCAACAGAAAGGGCAAAAGAAACAUUGAGAAAAUUUGUGGAGAAGGAUGGAGGGAAGUAUUUAGCCAUAAUGGAUUUGUUUCAAUUUAGGUUAGAGAAGAACAUUAUUCAUUAUGUUCAUCUCUUUGGUGCACUUUUGAAUCCUUCUAUUAUGUUUGGUGGUCGACUUGAUAUUGAUGGAACUAAAUUUAUGAAUGCACAAGAUUUUAUAAUGGACAUCAUGGUUCCUUUAGAGGAUCGUGAGCAAUUCAUGCAAGAAGUCAUUGAUUAUCGCAUGAAAAGUCCAUUGUUGUUCAAUAUGACAGGGCAGACAAUGAUGAAAACUAAUCAUCCAAGGAUUUGGUGGCAAUUUUUUGGUAGUGCAUUUCCUGUGCUUCAAAAUAUUGCUUGUAGAAUCUUGAGUCAGCCUUGUAGUUCCUCUCCUUGUGAGCGUAAUUGGAGUGCUUGGGAUACAGUACAAACAAAGAAAAGAAAUAGAUUAGCCCCAGAGAUGCUAGAGGAUUUGGUGUACAUCAGGAUGAACUCUAUGAUGAGGGAGAACUAUGAAAGCCAACUACAUAAAGAUUCAAGGCCUAUUGAUUUAGAUAAUCUUGGUGAAUUACCUAUAGUAGACUUUGAGCUUGAAAUGGAGAGGCUUGAGCAGACGUACGAGGAACCUGAAUCAUCUGACACUGGAGCUGAUGGAGGAUCUACUUUAUGUAGUUUAAUGUCUCCUCAUUGA